AUUUGCUGGAACAGCCAUUGCAAAGGUUGAAACCAUCAACCUGUCAAGAGACGAAGUGACACGGCACCAAGUACGUCAAGUCCGACAUUGAGAAAGCGGCCAACGAAGCAUUGAGGCUUCGCAAUGCCGGGGAGACAGUUGACAGGGGCAAACAAGUACCCUCAUUAUUAUGGAAACAAGGAUGGAGUCGCUCGAGCUACUAACUGCAACGGGGCUGCUUUGGAAGAAUUUCCCCUUACUCGCACUGUCCCAUACUCUGGGGACGAUCCUAAGACCUAUCGUGUGGCCUUCAACUACAUUGAUGGAAAGCCAGACGAUGUACGGCUCUGCGCUGUCAUGCUCCACCGUAAGAGAGACGGCAAGCCCACUGGAUGUGAUUGGACAAAGUAAUGCCUUGUUUCUUGUCCAAUGGUUUCCUUCUAAUGGUUUGGAUUGGACGAGGAUUUAUCAGCCAGUCGUGGAAGGCUCGAGGCGAUACCUCAGGUCGCUUGUCAACUAGAUUACGUAUCUAUCCACACUUGAUAGAGCCAUCAGAAUACAACACAUCCAUCGUUAUACCAUA